AUGACUACAAAUCCCGUUGUAACUAGCCUCCUGUUAACUAUCAACGAGAUAUCCCAACGCCAGGACACAACAAUGCGUUUUGUUGAGCGGAUAACGAAGCAGCUAGGUCAUUUAAAAGGCGUAGUAGAAUCCAGUCAGGGCCCGUUCCCAGGCUCCAAGAUGACAAAAGAGGAGUUAGCUACAUCGUUGGGAGAGAUACUAAAAUACAUAGAAGCUAAUUUAUUAGAGACUAACGAUGUUCGUGAGCUGCUUUCAGGCUUGGAGGAGACACUUAAUGGAAUUGGUUCAUCGUCAGACAAAGCCCUAUUGAAAACCAAGCUGAGCCUAGGUCUUUCUGAUUGCUACCUUAUAAUGGAGGGACUUCUUGCAGCGAAAGACAUAGGGCAAUACAUCCUAUUAAAUACUGACAAAGAAACUAAGCAAGACACGCCUUCAGAAUUAGAUACCGAUAAGCAAGAUGAUGAGCUUUCCAUUCACGUUGAUAUAUUAUCAGAGAGCCUCGCCGAUGAAGCGUCCUUAUUGACAGUGGGAGAAAAGCUACCUGACCUUGAACGACGAGUCAAAUUCGAUCACGAUAACGGGUCCUCUCUCAGUAGCCUUCCUGAAUCAACUGUGCUGACUAGUUUGACUAGCGUCUGCCCUGCUGGAUCACCUAAUUCUGCGAAGAGUGCUUCAAAAACAUCUAUACAAGCAAAAUUAGAAGAGUUUCUAGCAAUUAGAGCUAGUGCAAAACAGAAGAAGCCCGAACUUGUCACCAAGCUUCCUCCAGCUGUGCCCCAACAACAUGGAAAGAACCCCCCGAUCUCAUCUCUCAACCUAAGCGUGACCAGUGUGGAUUCCAAUGCAAAUGAUAGCCUGAUAACAGAGCCAGCUCCCUUGGCCGUUAGUGCCAGUGUGCUAGACCCCACGGAGCCACAGAAUGGCCGCCAAAACAUCGCACCAAUACAAUCUCUCAAAACCCUGGAAUCUGUCUCAGAACUAGAACAGCGAAACCUGGAGAAGAAACAUAACCCUAUGACUAACCCACAGCAAGCAUUGAUAAAGUCUAAUCGAAGUAAUAAAAGUUGCACUGGGACUAGUACACGCUCUGGAAGUACUAACAGGACCCCCUUAAGAGCCAUAAAUACACCUCACCAGAGCAGCCAACCAGCCCAGACUGCAGUAAGACCUAGCUCUGUUAAGAAGUCUAGACCUAUAGUGUUAUUGGACAAUGUUUCUUUGAGCAUGGCGACUUCACCGCAACAGGUUCAAGCCACGGAGCUUACAGGCCAUCCUGUGAAGAAUUAUUCGGGUAAAAUAUCCAAGCGGACUCCGUGCUCGAUGCCUGCCACGCCGACAAAGUUUAUAUCUCCUAAGCAGCCUCAAGCGAAGUCAUACUAUAGUACCCCUACCUCCACAACACCAACCUCAGUACAGGUGGGGCGUUUACCCUCGCCACCCAAGCUAUCAUCUCGUUCUCCAUCCUCUGGUUCCCCAGCAACGGCCUCUUCGCAGGCUCGGCUAGUUAUUAAAAACAUGGAGGAGCAGGCUUUGAAACAGGACGCUAUAAUAAAGGGUUUGGCUACAGAGCUACAAUCUAUGAAACGGAAGGUCGAGGACAUGCAGACUGAUUAUAGGCAGCAGGAAGAGGAAGUUAAGCAAUUACUCUUAGAGUCUUCCAAGGUCCAGAAUGAGUACGAAGAAAAAAUCCGUAAACUCAAAGAUGAGCUCGCUGAGCAAAGAGAUCUAGCAAUUUAUUGGAGAGAAAAGGCACAGCAAUGGGAGGAGAUGAAUCAGGCUUUAAGCCACCAGAUUGCAAUGUUUAAAUACAACAAAGAUGAUUCCAUUAUACCCGUUUCACAUGGGGACACCGAUGGUGAGAAUUCAGAAGGUGCCAGCUCAAUUGCAGGUACAUAUGCACACAAAAGCAGAGAGCCUACACACUCUACGUCCAUAAUUCAGCAACCCAGCAAAAUACAGAGUAAGCCAGACUACACUACCUUAUCUGAUGAGAAGUACAACAGGCUAGAAACAGACUAUCUUAAUGGACGCCUAGGAAACUAUUACAGCCUCAAUAGAGAAAGAUUUUCACAGAAGACCUUAUCUGUGAUAGAUCUAUACAAGAUUCUUGGUAACUAUGAUCGUCAAAUUGCAGAGCUGAUGCAUUCAAACAAAGAUUUAGAGGAAAAGUUGGAUGUAUAUCAGGGUCUGUUUAGGGCUAUUUCAGGGGCCGAUUGA